UGAAAAUGGUUACCAACGACACACGAAAAAGAAGUUUUCUUCCUGGUCUGCAGCAGCUGCUCGCACGUGAGUUGGAACGUUGUCCUGGAGAUGUCAACAAACCCAGAAAGACUGAAUGAUGACUUGGAUGAGGGGUUUGGGGCUUUCGUGGGGCUGCAGGGUGAGGCCCUGCAGUCCUCAGGGGUCCCUCAGGUCUAUUGGAGGAGCCUCUAUCACAAGAUCACCAACGAGGUCUACGAUGCCGGGGAGGUGUUUGGAAUAAUGCAGGUCCAGCAGGAGGAAGAUGGGGAGAGGAAAAAAGGCAAUUCUGGAGUGGUGAUUGAGUGUAAAGUGGUUGUUACUCGGGAAAGUGGGCUGGAAGUCUCCGAUCCAACCAGCAUUUUUCUGGUGGACCAUGCUUGGACGUACCGGGUGGAGCAUGCCCGGCAGCAGCUGGAGCAGAUUCCAGGACUGCUGCCCAGGAUGGCCUCCCUCAUGGGGGUGGACUUCCACAGUGAGGUCCCCCCUCCAGACAUAGUGGAGCUGAUAUUGGAGCGCAUGUGGAAAUACAACCAAACCUACCAACUGUCCCAGGGGUCAGCAGAAGAAAAAGUUCCCGUGUGGUACAUCAUGGAUGAGUUUGGCUCCCAGGUGCAGCACUCGGACCAUCCCAGCUGCUGCAUGGUCCCCUUCUUCUACAUGCAGGGUCAGCUGACCUACACUCUGCUCUGGCCUCUCCAAGAUCUGAAAGAAGGUGAUGAAUUAACCCGCGAUUAUGCAUAUGGGGAGACCAACCCAUUGCUACGGAGAUGCCGGUUGUUACCGUGGACACAUGAUGAUCUGGAAGGAGUGAGCAGUGCCGUCACAGAACCACCAGAUUCUUACUAUGAGGCCAUCGCACAAGAGAACAAGGAGCAGCUUCCUGUGGAAAUCCAGCCUUCUACUGUUUCCAAAGACAAAAUCCUCAAAGUCUUCACUCAAAUGUCCCAAGUAAGAAACAACCUGACACAUCCUCGCUUCAUUCUGGUGGAGGAAGAGGACGAGGCUGACAUCAUUUGGAAUUAUGAUCACAUCAAAGACUACAGGAAGCUGAGUCAAGAGCGGCCUCAUGUCAUGCUGAACCAGUUCCCCUGUGAGAGCAUAGUGACGGUGAAGGACUGCCUGGCUGCUGUGGCCCGCAGGUUGAAAGGCGGUCCCACGCCUGACUGGCUUCCAGAGACCUUCAACCUCCAGACGGAGCUUCCACACUUCAUCAAACAUUAUCAGCUGAGACGACUCAGGGGAGAAGACAACUACUGGAUCUGUAAGCCGUGGAACUUGGCCCGGGGUCUGGACACACACAUCACCAGUAAUCUGGAUUGCAUCAUCAGACAGAGAGAGAGCACACCAAAGGUGGUGUGUAAAUACCUGCAUGAUCCAGUGCUGUUCAGCAGAGAAGAAGUAGGAAUGGUAAAGUUUGACAUUCGCUACAUGCUGAUGCUGCGCUCAGUGCAGCCACUGUGUCUCUACGUCUACGAUGUCUUCUGGCUGCGCUUCGCCAACAAGCCCUUCUCUUUGGAUCAUUUCGAUGACUACCAGAAACACUUCACUGUUAUGAACUACGCAGAAGGAGUGCAGCUUAAACAAGUUCACUAUGAUGAGUUCAUUCCCAUGUUUGAACAACAGUACCCUCAGUAUCCAUGGAAAGACGUGGAAGCAGGCUUGUUUAAAGCGUUCAAGGAAUUCUUCCAAGCCGCUUCAUCUCGGCCAGCACCGUAUGGAAUCUGUCCAUAUCCGUCAUCCCGGGCCAUCUAUGCUGUGGAUCUCAUGUUGAAGUGGAGUCAAGGGCAAAAUGGUGAGCGGAUCAUGCAACCUCAGAUCCUGGAGUUGAACUUUAGCCCUGACUGUGCCCGGGCCUGCUUCUACCAUCCGGACUUCUACAACCACAUGUUCCAGACUCUGUUCCUGGAUCAGCCUGAGAACUGUCCAGUUACUCAGAUUGUGUGAACAAAGUUUCACCACAGAAGACUCUUUAUGGUUUAGGCUUUUAUCAGCUUUUUCAGUAUUAAACAGUGUCAAAUAUGUUUCACUGCACCAUAUUUUGUCCAAUCAGUUAUAAGGCAAACGACCUGCUCAGAAAGUAAGAAGUAGUCCUUUGUUCAAAUUACCAAUACAUUGGGGCGUCAAAACCUUCUUUAGGCCAACUAUAGGGACAUUUCUGAUUUUCACAUGACAUCUUGUGUUCUAAUUGAUGAAUUAUUAAUUACCCUUUCAAUUUGGAUUACGUAAUUGGAGUGAGGUCAAACGACAUCUAACUUCACAGGCCGUUCACUGUGCAGCAGGGUUUGUUUUUCCAAACGGAAAUCUCUCAGCAACUAAGGAAUCCUAAAAAUCUGGCGAACUGAGAAUGUUUUUGAGAAGAUUAAGUGGUUUCUUUUGUCAGUGGUUUAACACAUACUCCAGUUCAAGGACUGAUGUGAUACAUGUAAACGUUCACAUUCUUUAGCAGUACAGAUCAGAUUUCUAUGGAAAAUUGUAUAGUUUGGUUCCAAGUUUUAAUAGGAGGGAAUGGAUAAUGCAUCACAAAUGGUGGAUAACUGUAACAACUGACAAGUUGAAUCUAUUUACUGAAAUUGUCUCUAGUACCAUUAUCCAAAAAUCAAAUGAAGUAAACUAAUUGCAUUAGAUCCUGCCCCUGCAAAACACAAUGGCAAAAAGAUGCAUAAGAAUGCCAAACUGAGAACCUAAUACAUCAUUCACAUGGUACAGCACGGUCAUGGCAGCAUCAUGAUGUGGUAUGAUGGGGCUCUAGACUAACAUUUUGUACUGGUGCAGCUAACUUUUUCUUCUUAGAUUCACUAGCACAAAAGUUAGGUGCACCCAAAUGUCUGACCAUACUGCAAUUUAAUGAACUUUAGUUCAUUAAAAAAAAAAAAAAAACUAAAAUUAAGUUAAUAUUGACCUGUAAAUGAUUAAUGGUUUUCUUAAUCAAGAACCACUAAUCUGAUCAGAGUUGAUUGGAAAUUGGUUGGAUGUAAUGGAGGACAAUCCUAGAAAAAACCUGUUUGAGGCUUAAUAGGAGGGAAUGGUUUGAGGCAAACGACCUCAAACCAUUUGCUGUUUGCUACUAAAACAUCAGUUUUAGUAAUACGAGUGGAUCCAUUCGAUCCUCUUAAAUCAUUUACUGUUUAUCAAUUUCAUUUCCUUUUUUUUUUUUUUGCUUUGUUUUUCUUCCCACUCUUCUCUCAUAUUUAAUACUUAAGUAUUAAACAUGACAGGAGAUUCGCCUUUCAGCAGGUCAAACAACCUAACAUACAGCCAUUCUGUAAAUCAUGUUGGUGUCAUGGUUCGAAUAGGAAGUAAAAAAUGGGUUACAUUAAA